GUAAGCUACUGUUGCACCCUCAGGCGCCUGUGUAAUAAAGACACCUCUUGCUGAUUACAUCUGUUGGCCUGAAUUAUUGAGACUGUGGGAUUUCUCCCACCACCCUUGCAAACGAGGGUUUUUCAUCUUGGAGGUCCCAGCGAGAUGGAUUUUUUUGGGGAGCCCCCCCUCAAUAAUUCAGAUAACCAUCAGGAGGGAGAAACUGACAGUCAAAAUGCCGGGCUCAUGGCAAAUCUCAGGGGCAAGGCACCUCACUAAUUCGGCCAAGUUCCCAGGUCCUGAUCAGCUCUUCCCAGCCUCAGAGAAGUCAUGGCAGCCUGCAGCAUCCAGUACUUAUGGCUCCUCUUCGUGCUGGGCUUCACCCCCUUCUCAGGUGCUCUGACAUGUUACAAGGGGGUCAUGUUGAAGCUUGGCACUGGCUUUGCUAAGGAAGCUGUCGAGUGGUCUGCUCUGUCGACCAAAGUGUGUGAACCUAAGGAGUUAUGUCAGGAGACGCUCCUCCUCAUAGACGUAGGACCAAGGACACUCCUACUAGGGAGCAAAGGUUGCUCUGGGCGUGGGGCAGAGGACAACAGUGGUAUCUCCAUAUACUCCAGCCCCCCUGGAAUGCUGGUAGCUUCCUACACACGCUUCUGUUCCUCCAACCUGUGCAAUGAAGCCAGCAGCAGCAGUGUCCUACUGAGCUCCCUCCCUCGUCCAAAUGUCCCUCCCCCUGGAGACCUGCAGUGUCCGGUGUGUGUAGAGUUGUCUGGAUCCUGCUUUCAGAACACCAACUUUGUCACCUGCCCUCAGGGGACCACUCGCUGUUAUAAAGGGGACCUUGUGCUCCAGGGAGGUGGAGUGUCUUCCACACUGAGCCUUCAGGGAUGCAUGUCCUCACCUGCCAAAACCUUACUGGGUGGCUCUAAAACAAUCGGGAUCUUCUCCACAAAAGAACUCUCUGAGGAUGAAAAUGAUCAAAAGCCUCUGGAUGGAGGUGUCUCGGCCUCUUCCCUGGCUUGGGUGUUAGGGCUGGGGCUCUUCUUAGCCCUUUGUUUGUAGGGCUUUGUCCUCUCUGCUGAACCCAUUUCCCUGCAAUCCUUAAUCCCUGUUGGCCACCCAUACCCAGCCCUCCUCUGACAUCAUAACCUAAGACCUUACACUUGGAACCUUCUGCCCAUGCUGUCCCGAUCCCUCACCUCUCAUCACUGAUACUGAUAUAUGGGAGCCACUGAUCUC